AUGUCUAGUACAUCUCCUACUCCUCCGACGCCCAAGGGAUCUCGGAACAAUCGGCGCAAUCAGAAGAAAACAACAACCCCUUCUAACCAGAAGGUGGCUUUGCUCACUACCCCUCCGUCAUCGCCGCCGAGGAACUCGAGUCCUGGAGAAGCAGUUACCGAUACGUCGGUUAAUCUUCAUAAUCCUUCCAAGAGAAAGAAUCCUCGCUCCAACAGAAAGCCACGCGACGCACCUAAACCCUCACCGGCGCACAACAACGGACACCGACACACACUUUCGCAUCCAGCCAACAAUACUCCCCAAGUCAAAGACAGCCCUCAUUAUGCGGGCCCAACCUUCCAUGCGUCACCUGCUCCUUCUGCGCUUCCAAUCCCCAGCUUUUUCUCGAAGUCUGUACCAGAAUCGGACCCCGUACAAGAAAUUGACGUGGACCAUUUCGAAGCUGGUCCCGACCUCGACAGUACACCCUCAAAGCCGCGGCCACAUUUUCAACCCCAAUCGGAAAAACCGCAGUCAACGCCUCUUGACUUCUUAUUCAAAGCUGCCGUUGAAGCCAGAAACUCUCAGCUUCAGCGGAGUCCCGAAGCCAAUAUUGGUGCUCGGUCUCCGCAAACAGAUUCUAAAGUUCAACAUCACCAGAUACCCAACGGUAGAAACGGAGCUUCCGGGGGUGUUUUUCCUUUAGAGAUGGAAAAACCAGACCUACGGAACUCUCAAAUUGGGCCUUCUUUCGCCACGUCCUACAAAGAUCGCAUGAAUGCAUUGCGAUCUUCAAGCUCGCCGUCUUCUCUGACAUCAGAGCUCGAUGAGGAGGAACGAAGAGCGAAGACCGAAGCUCUCAAGGAUCUGUUGCUGAAUCCACGACCUCAGAGGCCUUCAACAGCGUCUAUUCUAAACCAUGAUCAAGCCAUCGGUCACACUGCGCGACCAAAUCUCAGCCCUAACGUACCUCAUUACGCUACUCCCAUGAGGACUACUUCGGGUCCGCCGGCGACCCUUCUUCGGGACAUGCCACCUGAACGGAAACAACCAUCUUUUGGGAAUGGGCUGCAAUCUCCUUUCUAUUAUUCCAGUAGUGCCCAACAACUUCAGAGUUCGACUAUGAAUAAAGGAAUCUUUCAACCGAGUCCCCUGAAUGCGAUAAGCGUCUCUGGUGGGGCAGCCUCUUCGCCGCUUGAGACCUAUGGGUCAUCAAAGUCCUCUCAAUCCCACGCGCAGCAGCCAGCCUGUUAUGUUCCAGCACAUCACCAGCCCUUCAAGUCUGAGGAAAUGCCGGCGAACUCUUCCGCUCCUCCUGUUGAUACAAAGAAAAUGGAAGAUGAUUUGAGGAGGAUUUUGAAACUCGAUGCUAAUCCCAGCUUUGCUUCAAACGGUAUUCAGAGCUCGUUUGCUUGA